AUGUCGAAACUCGGCGGCACCGCUGCCCCCGUCCCUCCAACCUCGCGUGUGACCGCUGCGCCUCCCGUUUCACCCCCAUCACCUCGCCCGGCAUCGCCGCCGACGGAACUUGGUGUCAACAAUUUCACUGAGAACCUGUCGGCAUACACCACCACGCUUGAAAGCUACCCGGCCACGAUGGAAGCGCCAUCAGUAAGCUCCUGGAUGGAGAGGCCUGCGCCGAGCCAGACCAACAGCGGAGCUGAAGCGCCAAGUCAUCAAGCUUAUGCACCAGAAGACGCUGCGUCUGCUCAGCUUCUGCUUGAUGCGAUUGCCCCGCCUUCUCGUGCUUCUGUCGCGCCGUGUUCAAGCAAAGGCAAGCGCAAGGCAGUUGUCCAGGAUGACGAAGAAGAAUUUCUUGAUCCGGCCCUGAGAAAAUCAGGCAAGCGAGCUCGUCUUGAUGCUCCCUCUCGCCAGCGCGAAGCGUUUCCUCCAUUCGAUGACGUCGAAGGAGACGAAUUUGUUGUCUCCAGCGCCUGGUCCUCGAAAGACUUGAAAGACUGGCCACCUGCCCACGCUUGGCCACUUUCCAUUGCUUUUCCAGACUAUCAGUACAACACACAGAUUCCCCGUGAUGAGUCUGUCACCAAAUCCGGAUUCGUGAACGUCAACACCAAUCUGAAGCACGUCUUUCAGGGUUCAGACUACAAGAUCUUCGAGCCUGUCCCUCAAGCGUUCGAACAUGCUCACGCGACAUACAACACGGGUUAUCACCACACAGUGGAGGCGCCCGGCAGCACUGCUGGCAGUGAGAUGGCGCUGCAACAUCCAGGAGACCAGUCUGCCACCACUUACGGUUUUGCUGGUCCUUUCACUGCACCUGAUCCGCAGUAUACGCCAGACUUCAACAACGGAGAUGCUCAGACAGGUGUAAGCCGUUUGCAGCAUCAGGCCACUGGAUACCCAACCUUUCUCCAGUGGCAGCCACCGAUGACGGCGAGCACCCAGGCUACCGUCAACCAACAGCUGAAUGCUCCCGGCAGUCGGAAGAAAGCUCGGAAGGCUCCAAACACUGCAACUGGCCGCGUCUCAAAAGCCCGAAUGAACACAACUCGCCUCAACGAGGAUGCGCGCCCGCCCAUGGGGGUUGAUAUAACGGCCAAGGAGAUUGCUGUCUUCAACCAGAAGUGGAUGGUGUCACCGGACUUGGCUAGGCGGUUUCAGCGAAACGGCAUCACUGGGCCCAUGAUGAGCACGGCUCAUUUGGAAGCCAUUGGCCGAGCCAACGACGCGAAGGACCAAACGACGCUCAAGAAUAAGAUAAAGAAGGAAUACUCACAAGGUGGCAUGUAUGCGCUGAAGUGCAAGAAGUGGAAAGUCUCAAAGGCAACUGACCUUGGUCCUGAGAACGUUCUCACUGCGAAUGGGUGGAAGUUCCGUGACUAUUACCGUCACCGAAACGGAGACACGAAGGACGCACCCAAGCAAGGCUGGAAUGAUUAUCCACUCAGCUUGUUCUACUCGCACAUUCCGACCGACAAGUGGCCGACUGGCCAGGAUCGUGGGAUCAUGACGCGAGUGUUCGAAUUCUGCAAGAAACACGGGCGUACAGAAGCCACGACGGCUGACUGGAACGCCAUCAUCGAAGAGAUGCCAGCUGAGCCGAAGGUUGUGCCACUCAAUCGUUCGAAGAACCUUGAUCAAGAGGCGGCAGAGGCUUUUUCCAGCCGCAAACAGACAGCAAGCUCACAAGACGAUUCUUGA